UAUUAAACUUCACUUUGAUUCUUUUAAUAAAUUUUGGGACAUUAAGAAUAAAGGGUAACAUUGAAGGCAGUAGAGCUACGGUCUGGCAAGGUGCAAUAUGGACAUAAGGAGAAGCUGGGCUCUGGCAAGAUGCGAUCUGGAUACAAGGCGGCGAAGCAUUGCUCAGGCAAAGUGCGAUUUGGACGUUAGGAAGUGGAGCUGGACAUUAUCUAUAUUUAAACCCAGCCCAUCUCCCAGUUCCAAUUCUCUUGCUCACCAGUAUUUUAGAAUAGCUUUCCAGGAAUCAUUUGCAUACAUGCAGGAACCUCGAGGAAGUACUGUAGAAGGGAGAACACUUCCUCUAUUAAUCUGAUACAAAGAAGUACAUUUGAUAAUCUGUCAUUAGCAGUGACAGCUACAAUUUAGUGCAGCAAAUAAUAAUUCUGAUUUUUUUACCCCUGUGUAUUAACAGACUACUUGUUCCUAACCUUACCUGAGGAACUAUCCAAGGAAGCUUCCUCACAGCUGGUCAGCAUGGAAAUUCACUACAUCAACAACUCUGUUAUACUUAUAAAUAAUGGGUUCAAUGCCUCAGGUCAGGAAGUGACUAUAUUUAAGCAGUGCGAACACAUGCCUGCCAUCAUCCUUUUUUAUUUGGGCUUGCAGUUUGUUAACAUGUUCUUGGGAAUCCCAGCCAACUUGAUGGUUCUGUGGCUUCUGCACAAAAACAAAAUGGACUCCUCCACCUCAGACAUCUUUAUUUGGCACCUGGCUGUUCUGGACACCCUCUUCUGCUUCAUCCCACCCCUGGAGUUGUCUGCCAUCAUGUAUCUGACGAGCAGCAGCCCCUGGUACGUGCUACGCUUCUUCUACGGCAUCAAAGACUCAUCCCCAUUCUUCCUCUCCUGCAUCUGCUUGGACCGCUACAUGGCGGUGGUCCACCCCAUUACCUUUGCGGCGCUGAAGGACCGCCGACACCGGUCAGUGUGCGCCGUGGUUGUGUGGGUCCUCACACUGGCUUACGCGGCAGCCAAGUGCGCGGGAAUCAUUGUAAAAUUCGAGAAGGCUUUCACUGUCAUGAUCCUGGCCACCUUCGCUGUCAUGCUGUUCUGCAACAUCUCCAUUCUCUUCACCCUCCGGCACUCCGGACCGGUUCGGGACGUGAUGCACCCAUUCAAGAAGAAAGCCUUCAAGAUGGUCCUCAUCAUCCUGACCAUCAUCAUUUUCAACUAUUUGCCUCCUGUGGCGCUCUUUCCAUUUCAGGAGUACUUCUCUCACGAUGUCUUCCACUGUUACAUCCACUACCUUGCCUUUGGACUCAUGGAUAUCAGCAGCACCAUCCAGCCCAUGCUGUACCUGUCAAAGGAGAAGCUGUCUUGCUCACCCAGGUGCUGCUGUAAAAGGUGCUUUGACCAGGAGAUGCAUGAAGUCUCAACAUAAAACGACAACAGAGGCUUGUGGUUUUUAUUUUGCUGAACGUUUUAUACCCAA